UAACGAACGAUCAUGUCCAAGAAAUCUACCGAUUCUGACCAGGGUGGCCAAGUCCUCAAGGAGAAAUCCUCGGAAUUUACAGUGGAGAAGUUUACGGGCAAGCGCUAUCUGCGUGGACGUCCCCAGUACCUGACCAAGUGGGAGGGCUAUCCAUUGGAGCAGUCCACCUGGGAGCCCCUGGAGAACCUGGGCAAUUGCAUGACGCUGGUUGCGGACUUCGAGGCGGAACUAUUCAAGCAGAACCAGGAUAAAAAGAAUACCCAAUGA